CUCGCGAGGUUUCGCCCUGGGAGGGAGGCAGAGACGGUUCCGCGGCGGGUGCGAGAUGCGCUCAGAGAAGGAGGGGGCCGGAGGCCCAGGGGCUGCCGUUGCUGCGCGGGGCCCGAGCGGGAGGGAGAAGCCGUCGGCCGUGGAAGUCCAGUUCCGCCGGGAGUCGCCGCGGCGAGAACCCGAGGCGCCACCAGCCUCGUUCUUCGUUUGCGGGGACGGCAUUUGCAAACAUCGCGAGGAAAAGAAAAUGGUCCUGAGCAAGGUGGUCAUCCGGCGGCUUCCUCCCAGCCUCACCAAGGAGCAGCUGGAAGAGCAGCUACACCCACUGCCGGCACAUGAUUACUUUGAGUUCUUUACUGCCGAUUUCAGUCUUUAUCCUCAUCUCUACUCAAGAGCAUACAUUAAUUUUAGAAAUCCUGAUGACAUCCUUCUUUUUAGAGAUCGUUUUGAUGGAUAUAUCUUCAUUGACAGUAAAGGCCUAGAAUAUCCUGCAGUGGUAGAGUUUGCCCCAUUCCAGAAGAUAGCCAAAAAGAAGCUAAAGAAAAAAGAUGCCAAAACCGGAAGCAUUGAAGAUGAUCCGGAAUACAAGAAGUUUUUGGAAACUUACUGUGUGGAGGAAGAGAAAACGAAUGCCAAUCCUGAAACUCUUCUGGGAGACAUGGAGGCAAAGACAAGAGAGCUUAUUGCUAGAAGAACCACACCUCUUUUGGAAUAUAUUAGAAAUAGAAAAUUAGAGAAGCAGAGGAUUCGAGAAGAGAAGCGAGAAGAGCGAAGGAGGAGGGAGCUGGAGAAGAAGCGCUUACGGGAAGAAGAAAAGAGAAAAAAGAGAGAUGAGGAGAGGUGUAAGAGAAAAGAAGCAGACAAACAGAAGAGAACAGCAGAGAGAGAAGUAAGGAUUAAGCUUCUUAAGAAACCAGAAAAGGGAGAGGAACCAACCACUGAGAAGCCAAAAAAAAGAGGAGAGGAAAUGGAUACUAGAGAUGGAGAACAGGAGUCCUGUCCUGGCUGUGCUGUCCGGAAACCCAUGCCCUUGGGGAGCUCGCUGGAGGAGCCCGGGGAAAAGUCACAGAAUGAGAGCAAUGAAGAGCAAAGGGAGUUGGACCGAAGAUUCAGAGAAAAAGACCCUGAAACACAAAGAUGCCACUUGGAUGACAGUAGAAAGCAGAGAGCUCACUGUGAGUUUGACACGUUUUCGCGGAGAAAUGAGGAGGAGCUGAGAUGGGGGAAAGGAGGCCCCCCCGACAGAGGGAAGAAGGGGAGCCAGGACAGUGGCAACGCUGUGGAGACAGCAGAGCGGCCCGGGAAAGAGCAGAGGAGUGAAGGUGGCCCAGCAGCCAAAACGGAGCGCCCAGGAAACAAGGAUCGGCCGUCCUUGCAGCUGUACCAGCCAAGAGUUCGCAUCCGAGCACGAGAAGGUGGUAGGGGAACCUCUGUGGAGUGCCCUGGCAGGAACAAGGACGAGGCUGAAGAUUCAGCACAGGGGGGUUCCCAGAAGAGCGAAGAGGCAGGGUUUUUGAGAGCUGCCCAAUGUCAUCCAAAUCAAGAAAAGAGAAGAUCUGUAGCAUUAUGUUGUCAGGCAUGUGAAUUAACAAAUCAAAUUUUCCAUGAUGCAGAUUCAAAGAAUAAUCCAAUGAUACUUCUUUCCCAAACACAUUGUGCAUCUGCCCUAAACAUCAGUGAGAGAGAGAGACAGAGACGGGUAGACACAGGCAGAGACAGACCAGGUUAUAAUAGGCCAACUCAGUCCCACACACUCUCAAAAAACAUCACUUGAGGAGCACCUGUGCUUCUUCACAGAGGGUAUACCUAUCUUUGUAACAAAGCCAUAUUCCUACUGAAAAGAUGGGCAUCAUUAAGCAAUUCCAGUGUCCCUCAAGUGAAGUUACAGCAUCUCACAUUUAUGAUGCUCUUUACUUGUAGUCUGACAACAGUCCUUUGAAGAGGCAGUGUAACCACUCUGGGAGGUUCCUGCAUUCCUUCGUCACAUUCUCUCCAAGCGCCUCUGUGGGGCAGGCACUUUUAUAGGUGUCGAGCAUAAGCAGUGAACACAGCAGACUAGUCCCUGCAUCCUCAGGGCUCAUACCCUUCCUUAAACAUACAAGGAGCUGAAACCCCUAAAAGGUAGGGUCUUCCUCGAAUCUUCCAG